AUGGCUGACGAUGGCGGCGAGGAGAAGAAGCAGGUGGCCAAAUUCGAGCUGGAGCGGGAGACGGAGCUGCGGUUCGAGGUGGAGGCCUCGCAGACGGUGCAGUUGGAGCUGCUCACCGGCAUGGCCGAGGUUUUCGGCACCGAGCUCACUCGCAACAAGAAGUUCACCUUUGAUGCUGGUGCCAAGGUGGCCGUCUUCACAUGGCACGGCUGCACCGUGCAGCUCAGCGGCCGCACGGAGGUGGCUUAUGUCUCCAAGGACACCCCAAUGCUGCUCUACCUCAACACGCACACGGCGCUAGAACAGAUGCGGCGGCAGGCAGAGCGGGAGGACGAGCGGGGGCCCCGUGUCAUGGUGGUGGGGCCCACCGACGUGGGUAAGACGACCGUGUGCCGCCUGCUGUUGAACUACGCUGUGCGGCUGGGCCGCCGGCCCACAUUCGUGGAACUGGACGUGGGCCAGGGCUCUGUCUCCAUCCCUGGCACCAUGGGCGCACUCUACAUUGAGCGGCCAGCUGAUGUAGAGGAGGGCUUCUCCCUCCAGGCCCCCCUUGUCUACCACUUCGGCUCCACCACACCUGGCACUAACAUCAAGCUCUACAACAAGAUCACGUCCCGCCUGGCCGACGUCUUCAACCAGCGCUGCGAGGUGAACCGGCGUGCCUCGGUCAGCGGCUGUGUCAUCAACACCUGCGGCUGGGUGAAGGGUUCGGGCUACCAGGCACUGGUGCACGCUGCCUCUGCCUUCGAGGUGGACGUGGUGGUGGUGCUGGACCAGGAGCGGCUCUACAACGAGCUGAAGAGGGACCUGCCCCACUUUGUGCGCACUGUCCUGCUGCCCAAGUCCGGGGGGGUGGUGGAGCGCUCUAAGGACUUCCGACGGGAGUGCCGGGACGACCGCAUCCGGGAGUACUUCUAUGGCUUCCGGGGCUGCUUCUACCCCCACGCCUUCGACGUCAAGUUUUCUGACGUCAAGAUCUACAAGGUGGGGGCCCCCACCAUCCCGGACUCAUGCCUGCCGCUGGGCAUGUCGCAGGAGGACAACCAGCUGAAGCUGGUGCCGGUGACGCCGGGGCGGGAUAUGGUGCACCACCUGCUCAGCGUCAGCACUGCCGACAGCCCUGACGACAACAUCUCAGAGACCAGCGUGGCUGGGUUCAUCGUGGUCACUGGUGUUGACCUGGAGCGCCAGGUCUUCACCGUCCUCUCACCUGCCCCACGCCCACUGCCCAAGAACUUCCUUCUCAUCAUGGACAUCCGCUUCAUGGACCUCAAGUAG